AUGGUGAUGCAACAUUUCCGCAAUAGGCUCAGAGAUGAGGAUCCAGAGAAAUAUUAUACUCGGUCAUCCUUUUGUAUCAACUGUAAAUGGAUACAUGAUCAGCACACAAGAGACUCUGAAAUACACGAGCAUGAUGAUGAUUGUGACAGAGGAAGUGGAGGAAGAGAGCACAAAGAUGUCUGGCUUACAUCAAGGCUAUUGUCUGGCUGCUUAGCAACAGCUUGCAUCCAUCCUCUCUUUAUUGAUGGCCUGGAGAUUUUUUAUGAGGGGAAUCAAAAGGUUGCCGCAAUUUCUGAAAUUUCUUCCCCAAGUGAGCUGCAACUCAUACAGCUAGACAAUGUGGAAGUAUAA